GAGACAAGUCCCAGCCCUGCCUCGCUCGUUCGUUCGCCGCAUCCAACGACCACGACGACUACGCAGCAACGACGCCAACUUUGUCGACGUCGUCGUCGACUUGCCCAACCCACCUACCUAUCUUAUCGCGUGCGCCGACGACAUCGGACACACGUGCACGGCGAGCAAGCGAGCGAGCGCGACAGACAAACAAACAAGCCAACCGUCUUCUCGCCACUCACUGCGCACGCACACCGCACACGACAAGACGAACAACAUGGUGGCCUCGGGCGUCGACACGUCGCGCCGGCCUGCGACCGCGAGCAAGCGCCCGCUCCACCGGGCACUUGCGUUCGCUGUUGUGAUCGCUGCGCUCGUGCUGUACUCGGCUGUUGCGUUGCCCCGGUUACACGCGCGCAAGUCAUCCCACCUGCACUCGCAUGCGCUCAAGCGGUCUUUGAGCGCGUUGGAGGAGGGCGAGCCUUCACGCGGCACACUGUUCCGCAUCCCGUACGAGCAGUGGUUUGACGAGACGCCCAUCGCGCUCCGGCCCGCCUUCCUCGCCUUCCUCCUACUCAUUCUCGCUCUCCUCUUCUCCUCCAUCUCCAUCACGGCGAGCGACUUCUUCUGCCCCAACCUCGCUACUCUGUCGGCGUACCUCGGCCUCAGCGAGACGACAGCAGGAGUCACGCUGUUGGCCUUUGGGAAUGGCUCGCCCGAUGUCUUCUCGACGUUUGUCGCUGUACGCGAGGGAACUCUGGGGCUGGCCGUCGGCGAGCUGAUCGGCGCGGCGACUUUUAUCACAUCGAUCGUCGUUGGUUCCAUUGCCAUGGUCAAGCCGUUCAACGUGCCUCGCCUCCCGUUCGUCCGCGACGCCGUCUUCUUCGUCUCGGCCGUGUGCAUGCUCAUGUGGGUCCUCAAGGACGGCCACCUGAGCUUGAAAGAGUCGGGCUCCAUGGUCCUCCUGUACCUCACGUACGUGUUCGUCGUCAUCGUGUCCAACUACAUUGUCGGACGGCGACGAAGGCGAAGGGAGCUGGAAGAGCUCGGCUGGAAAGCAAGCACCGAGGUGCAGCGCGCGCCGAGCCCCAUUCCACCUGACCAGGUCGACCCAGCCCGCUCCACGCCGUCCUCGACCCUCGCAACCCCGCUCGUCAUCGAGACGCCGUCGACGCCGCAGAUGCACGACUCGCUCACGCUCCGAUCUUCACCGACGCGCCCGACGCACCUGCGGCGCGUGUCGGCUGCAACCCUCAACGCCGAUCAGCAUGUGCACCACCACGCUCACCACCAUGACGCGGCCAAUGUCGACACGCCCCGCGCGACGUUCUCGCUCCUUGGUGCCGUCGAGUUUCGCGACGUCGUCAACUCGCUCCGGCAUGAGAUGCACUCGCCCUCGUCGUCGCGCGCUCCUUCUCGAUCAGGCAGCCCACCGCCCGAGGACGGAGAGGAUGGGCACCACCACCACCAUCACCGGCGCCGCCAGUCGUCUGGCCCCGCCCUCUCCCCGACUGCUGGGAUGACCCGCCGGCAGUCUCUCAGCGGCCAGCGGAGCCGGAGCGGCUCCCUUAUCCGCACACCAUUGUCACGCUCGGCUUCGGGCCGCGGGCUGGCACGUGCCAGGUCGCCCUCGAUUCCCCAAUCGCCAGUCCUCCGUGCUUUAGAACCCAUUCCACCCUCGCCAGACCAAGAGCCCCUCGUCGUGUCCGGCAGCCCGAGCCUGCGGAGCGGAAGUCUGGGGUCCAAGCAGCUCAGCGGGACCGACCUUCCGGCGCUCGGCGCCCCCGAAGCGUCCAGCUCGACGGCACUGGCACUUCCGCAGCCUGCGCGGCGCAAGACGCCCGACCUCCACGUCGUCAUUCCCACCACCGAGACGCCACGCAAGCCGUUCGUGUCGUCUCACCGUGAUGGCGAGCCUUCGCCCGGCCUCGACCUCCCGGCUAUCGCCAUCGUCGACCCCAGCGGCGAGGCACACCCGCCACCCCCCUCGAGGGCCGUCACCCAGGAGAGCGUGUUUGUGCAGGCGCACACUGCGUUCUACCGCAUCAUGCACACGCUCUUCCCGUCGCUGAUCCAGUUCCGCGAGAAGUCGAUCCUGGGUAAAGUCCUCGCCAUCCUCUCGGUCCCCGCCAUCUUCUGCCUCACGCUCACGCUUCCCGUCGUGGACGACGGUCGAGGUGGCGACGGCGGAAUCGCACUUCCCAUCGAAGAUGAGCCAUUGACCGACCACACGCAUGCGCUCCCCCUCGUCGAGCAGGACGAAUACGGGCCGCUCGAUGACGAGGACGAGGACGAUGACGCCGACGUUCGUUCCUUCCAGCAUCUGCAUUCCCACUUGCAUCUCCACCGCCGCGCGAGCAUCAGCCCCAUUGCACUGGUGCGAUCGGGCUCACCGACUUUUGACGACGACGGGUCAGACACACUUUCCGCCAUUGUCGACGACGUGUCCGACUGCGACGAGAUAGAGUACAACGUGUACCUCACCGCUGCGCAGUGUGUCCUCGGCCCAGUGGUCUGCACGUAUCUGCUGUUCCUGGAGGAAGACUAUCUGUUCUACGCGCUGGCGGUCGCGGGAGGCAUUGGUGUCGGCAUCGCCCUCAUCACGCUCAAGCACUCGACCGACGGAACAGAACAGCCGUGGCGCUUGAUCCGUUGCUGCUGCGGCUUUGUUUGCAGUAUGAUCUGGAUCGCGUCCAUUGCCGACGAGGUGGUCGCGGUCCUGCAAACCGUUGGCGAGAUCUUUGGCCUGUCGGACGCCAUUAUCGGGUUAACAAUCUUUGCAGUGGGGAACAGUCUUGCAGACCUCGUGGCCAACAUUACGAUCGCGCAGUUUGCGCCGACCAUGGCGUACGCGGCUUGCUUUGGCGGCCCUCUUCUCAACCUCCUGCUCGGUAUUGGUGGCGCCGGCUCCUUCUCCAUCCUCUCCAGCCCGACGCACGCCCCAGUGCUCAUCAACUUUAGCCCCACGCUCUGGGUGAGCGGGUGCGGGCUGCUCUUCAUUCUCAUUGCGACGGCCAUCGUGGUCCCCAUCAACCGGUUCAGAAUCGACCGUCGGUGGGCCGCAUGCCUGCUCGUCGCGUACGCAGCGAUCAUGACAACGAAUGUGGUGGUCGAGAUCCGCCACGAAAGGAAGUGAGCAAGGCGUAGAACGAGCGACUCGGCGAGCAUCGCAAGUGUAGUACAGUAGCAUCGCACACGUGUAGCAAUGUUUGGGUUAGAAGAUACAGCUAGUCAAUGUACACACGCGGGGUUACAGCAGA